CAUUGCGAACAUGUCUUUGUUAUAGUAAGACAAUGCAUGAACCCGUCGCCUUAUGAAUGAACCUACCAUAAUAGACUGAUAACCCAAGGCCUGCAAGCCAUGGGUGACAAAGGCUUUAUCGGAAGGUCUCCUCUGACCAUGGGGACUGUGAUUAUUCAACCAGGGUACAAGGAAAAUCAUCAUCAGUCGACCUGUUAUCUAGCGGGGAGGGCUAUCUUUCUGUACAAUAAUACACCAUUGACCCACUUCCCAGCAGUCGACCUCUGAUCACGCAUUCAGGAUGUGCCAUAAGAUUCGUUAUUACUUUUCUGGGUGUACAUGCAUCGAUGUGUCCCGUGACUUUGAUAUCAGAUGCGAUGAAGCAUUGAGAGUGGGGUAUGAAUGUGCCAACCCUGAAGCUACUGGGAUCCCAAUGAAGGGGCUAUGUCCCGACUGCCAGGAGUACUACAGAGAGUAUUAUGAAGCAAUGCGUACGUCCAGCGAGCCAGAGACCCCAGUCCCCGAAAGUCAAGCGGUCGACAUCUGCAAACCCGUUGAGGAGAAACUAGAGUGUCAAUCCGGUGUUUCGGUUCCUGAAGGUCACGAUGUCAGCAUCGGGAGGGAAACUGAGGAACCAAAGUGUCAAGCCGAUAAUCCCGUCCCGGAGACUGCGGAGGUCGACAUCCCCAACCACAUUAAGGAACCAAUGUGUCACUUGGGGAUUCCAGUCCCUAAACGUCAGGGAACUAAAGCCUGCAGCGACAUCGAGGAACCAAGGCGUCCCACCGGUAUUCCAGCCCCUAGACGUCAGGAAGUGAAAGCCCGCAGCGAGGUAGACAAGAAAGCAAGGUACCAGUCUGGUCUCCCAGUUCCCAAGAACCAGGAAGCCCAAAUAUGCAACCAAGUGGAUGAGAAGCCAAAGCGCCAGACUAGCAUCCCACUCCCUAGAAACAGGAAGUCAAGCCAAGCAACGAGGUGGGUAAGAAACCAAGGGUUCAGUCUGGUAUCCCACUCCCUAGGAAACGAGAGGUCAAAACACACAACAAGCCUGCUCCGGACUCAAAGAACGCUGAAAAGUCCGAGCCUUCUGACGAGGGUUUAUUCGGUAGAAUCACUUUCUGACUUGCAUGACCAGUCUCGAUAAGGGUACACGUGAGACUUGAAGAAUGUAAUAUAUGUUCCUCCGUCACGUCAUUAUUCGCGCUCGAAGAUAGCUAGAUUAUCACUAGGUUCCAUUUCUAUUGACCAUCAUAAUCCCCUUCCUCAAACCUCUGUGUAUCGUAGAACCGCGCAGUAAUGGCGUUUCCAUUGAAUAUUCGGCCCUCGA